AUGCUCUACAAUUUACAGAACUUUGCCCUCUACCACAGAGUACCGUGUAGUUUAAGUAGGGUAUUGGCACUUUACCUGUACUGGGUACAAGUAGAUAUUGUCUACCGUAACCCGACUAUCCCGCUUUCGUCCCUUGCACAUCACCCACCUCCAGCUCCUACCACCAUGUCCAAGUCAAACAGCGGAAGGCCAUCAAUGAGCCCUAAGACCCACAAGCUGAAGUCGACCUUCGGCAAAAGAUAUCGAACAUACUACUCGGGACCCAGUUUGGUGGUUCCUGAUGACUACAUCAGUCAUCCGCCAAUUUGCAGCGCAAAUGCCCUCUGCGUACAGAGGGCCUCGGAUAUCUAUACCAAUAUAUUACUCUGAGUGCACUAAGUUUUCCUCCUGCUAAUCUACUGCACGCGUAGAAAAGGCCGCGCUAGCCUAAAUAUCUGUUCUCUUGCAACUCCAUGUAACCUCCUACAACAGUGCGGUACCACCGCCCCCUCAAGGCGGUAGGAAUCGCGUAAGAAGCC